AUGUCAAUUGUUGAAAAAAUUGCCGAAAUCGAGGCCGAAAUGGCCCGCACGCAAAAGAACAAGGCCACCUCGUAUCAUUUGGGUACACUAAAAGCAAAGCUUGCAAAACUACGACGAGAAUUAAUUACUCCUUCAAGUGGUGGUGGAUCUAGCGGAGUGGGCUUUGAUGUUGCUAAGACGGGAGUGGCUCGAAUCGGGUUUGUUGGUUUUCCCUCGGUUGGAAAAUCGACUCUUAUGUCAAAAUUAACGGGUACUUUUUCAGAAGUCGCCUCAUAUGAAUUCACGACAUUGACAACGGUGCCAGGUGUACUGCAAUACAAGGGUGCCAAAAUACAGAUUCUAGAUCUGCCGGGGAUCAUCGAAGGGGCAAAAGACGGAAAAGGACGUGGUCGUCAAGUCAUAGCAGUAGCACGAACAUGUUCAUUAAUUUACCUUGUUCUUGACGUACUAAAACCGCUGACACACAAGAAACUCAUUGAAAAAGAAUUAGAAGGAUUUGGCAUCCGAUUGAACAAGAAACCGCCAAACAUCUAUUUCAAAAAGAAGGAAAAAGGCGGGAUUAAUAUGACAAACACCGUUCCGCUUACACAUUUGGAUCUGGAGCAGGUAAAAGCGGUGUUGAGUGAAUACCGGAUUCAUAAUGCGGACGUGACCUUUAAGUGUGACGCUACCGUUGAUGAUUUAAUUGACGUUAUUGAGGGAAGGGUGUACAUUCCGGCUAUUUAUGUGCUUAACAAGAUUGAUCAGAUUAGUAUUGAAGAACUGGAUAUGAUUUACAAGAUUCCUCAUGCAAUACCAAUCUCGGCUCAUCAUGAAUGGAAUUUUGAUGAAUUACUGGAAAAGAUGUGGGAAUAUCUUAAUCUUGUGAGAAUUUAUACAAAACCAAAGGGCCAAUUACCAGAUUAUAGUGCUCCGGUAGUGUUACGUGAAAACCAACAAACAAUCGAAGAUUUCUGUAAUAGUAUUCAUAAAGGAAUUGCCAAGGAGUUUAAAUACGCUCUUGUUUGGGGAAGUUCCGCUAAACAUCAGCCACAGAAGGUUGGGUUAACGCAUGUCUUGCAAGAUGAGGAUGUGGUGCAACUUGUUAAAUCCGGAUGA